AUUCUUCCCCCUAAUAUUGCAUAUCCUGGUCCAACAUUAGUUGAAUUUGUCUCCUCAAAGAAACAAGAUAAUGGCCGAGGAGAAACACCACCACUUCUUCCACCACAAGGAGGAGACCUCCUCCGACCCUAGGAAAGAGGAGAAGCACCACAAGCACAUGGAGCAACUCGGUGAGCUUGGUGCCGUGGCCGCCGGUGUUUACGCUUUGCAUGAGAAGCACCAGGCGAAGAAGGACCCUGAGAACGCACACAAGCACAAGGUCACGGAGGAGAUAGCGGCCACUGUGGCCGUGGGCAGCGCUGGGUUUGCGUUCCAUGAGCACCAUGAGAAGAAAGAGGCAAAGAGGCAUGGCCACGAGUAGACGACUUUCACCCAUGCAAUUAUUCGAUGCUUGUUCUUGUUGUUUUUAUGAUCGAAUAGUGAUGCAUGGUUAUGGCUAUGGCUAUGAGAGAAAUAAAAUGGGUAUCGUAACUCAGUUUAUGAAUUA